UCAAUCAUCAAAUAUGCAGUCUAACAAGGUUUUCUUCGUGUUCUUUGGUAUCAUCGCCAUGGUGAUCGCCGCCAGUCUCUCCUCGGAUGUUGUGGACAAGGGUGAUGAUGUGAUCAGCGAUCGUCGUUUCCGUUGGGAAUUCUCGCAGGACUCGGAUGAGUCUGCCAACGACUUGCAGGAGGAUGAUGAUGAUGAUGACGAUGCCGCGGAUGAUGACAGCGGCAGUGCAUCCGAAGAAAUUUUGAUCAUCGAGUAUCCUGAAGGCUACGAAAGCGGCUCCAAUGAAAGCGCCUCCGAUGAAAGCGUCUCCGAUGAAAGCGCCUCCAAUGAAUCUUAAUCAUUUAGUUAACAGUUUUUGUAAUUUUUGUUUUUAUAAAUAGUAUUUGUUGUUAUGGCGAAAAGUUUUAAAAUUAUACGAUAUUUGUGAGCGU